AUGAGUUGGAACUGAAGGCAAUGAAAGCGAUGGGAGCAAUGGAGGAAGGGGACGCUGUAUUUGGUUCAGGUGCUGAAGUGAACCUGGAUUCACAGGUGUACUGGUGGCAUGACAAGUACCGACCAAGGAAACCAAAGUACUUCAAUAGUGUGCAUACUGGAUAUGAGUGGAACAAAUACAAUCAAGCUCAUUAUGAUCAUGACAACCUGCCUCCUAAAAUUGUCCAGGGCUACAAGUUCAACAUAUUUUACCCUGAUCUUGUGGAUAAAUCAAAAGUACCAAUGUACACUAGAGAAAGAUGGAAGUGCUGGGGAGACAUGCCAUAUAAGGUUUCAUGCUGGCCCUCCAUACGAGGAUAUUGGUACAAGGGGAAGAAGGCAGUAGGAGAGAACAAGGAGAAGAAGGCGACAGAGCGAAGCAAACCGUCCUCACCUCAAGAUGGUCAAGAAGAUGAACAAAAGAAAAAGGAUGGUUUAUUAUACCAGAAGUGACAUGGACCACCCAACCAAUUCGAACAACAAGGCAACAAGCAAGUGACCAUAGGGCCACGGUAGACCGUAGGCUGCAAAUUGCCGCCCAAAUGUGGGAAGAUAGGCAAAUCAUGUAUGCAAAUUUAUGAGUGUGUGACACUCCAUGUAUCAUGUAUCAUUUAUUGUGUUCAAACCAUGUAUUUGUAGUGCUGAAACCACUCCCUUGGAUUUAUUUGAUGGCUGGACAGAUUGUAUUUUGUUCAGAUUUCAUUAAUUUGUUUGGAUGGUUUUGAUGGC